AUGGAAUUCAAUUGCAUUAUUGAAAGAGAAUCCUUUUAUUUAAAUGUUAAGGAUAAAUCCUUAUCAAUUAGUAAUUAAUCUACCUCAUACACAUUUGAUCUAUCUUUGAAGAUUAUUAUAACUUGGUUAUUUCGAGAAAAUGAAAUGAAUGGUUUCAUAUUAGAAAAUCUAAUUGUAGAAGGAGAUAGUUUAAAUAUGAAAUAGCUUAGAUCAUAUCUUGGAGGUGAAAUUACAUACACAGGGAUUUAAAUAUUCUAUUCCUUUAAUGGUGAGAUAAAUGUAGGCAAAAAUAAAGCAACUAAAGUAUUUUAUAUGUAUAAUAAAAAGGUUUGUUCUCUCAUCAAUAGGUAAACUAAAUUAAAGUUCUCUUGUAAAUGCUUUAAGAAAAGUGUAAUAGGAAUAGAAAAGAUUCAUAAGGAGAUCGAAAUUAUAAAGAAGGCUUCUUAAUAUGGAUUGGCUCCUAAAAUUUAUGAAUGUUUUUCAUCAAAUAAUUGUGUAUAUCUAAUAAUGGAAAAUUUAGAAAGAAUAUAGGAUUAGGCAUUUAUGGAAGAUGAUAUUAUGUUAUUUCUCUAUGUAAUUACUUUUUUAAAUGUAGAAUUUGAUAUAAAGUAUAUCACUACUUCAUAAGGAGAAUAUUGUUCAUAAAAGCAUAAAGAAAUCACAUAUUAUGUUUACUGAAGACAAUAAAUUAAAAUUGGUUGGAUUUGGAAAAGCUAACAAUGCUAAUAUUCAAAACAAUGAGUUUAGACUGGACAUUUUUAAAAUCGGAAUUAUAAUGCAUAAAUUGUAAGGAUUAUAAAUAAUAUAAUAGCUACUAAAAAUAGAAUUUUCAAGAUGAUUAAUUCUCUCUUAUACCAGAUGAAGGAAAUUCACUAUUAGAAUCUUUGUUGAAUUGGAAAAGCAACUCACAUUUUCAAUUAAAAGAAUUAUUAUGUCACCCAUAUUUUAAAUUGCUAAAAACUGAAGGAAUAUCAUUAUGUUAAUUUUUAUAUCUAUUUUAGAAAUCUAAUGUAUGAAUCCUAAAUUCAAGACUCAUAUUUUUUAAGACGAAGAACAAGAAUCAUUUUGA